GAUCGGGCAUUUUGAGCCUUCCCCCGCACCGUAGAUAACCCGGAAACGCGGCUCAUGACCUCACUGAAGCCGCUCACAUUUGUCAGUUGCCCUUACUUUUACAUUAUUUUAGUGUUAGUGUCGGGGUUUGAACCAAAGUUUGCAGAUAAAGAACGGGAGGUAAGAGAUAAUAUGUUUCAAACAUAAUGUGUUUAAUUCUCUCUAAAUUCAAGCUGUCUUUGGUCGGAAACGUCGGGCUAAAGCUAAGCUAACCUCUCGCUGCAGCUCAGUUGUGCCCUCAGUGUUCAGGUUCAGAUGUGGUCUCUGCUUGAAAUGAGUCUCUGCAGACAGUCUUGAUCAAUGAGCUCCUUAUUUGGACAUGCUGUUUUUAUUUCUUGUGUGCUACUGACCAUUAUUUUGGUUUGUUAUAAUAAAAGUGCCUGCUCAGACUGACUGUCCUCAGUAUGGGGUUAUCGAGUAACAAAGGAAAACAAUAAAAUACAGCUGAAUAGACUUUUUAAGAGCUUUUACUUCCAAGUUCUCCUCAUUUUAACAUGAUAACCUCUCCAGCCCUGAGUUGAUAAGCCUGUUGUUGAUGUCAUUGUCACACACUGCUGUAAAACCAGCACAGUCCAUGACAGGGCUCUCAAGUUUUGAACUAAGCUUAGAGUGAGAUUUCCUUGGGGAGUGAUUGAAGAUAAUUAUUAGUAUAAUAAUCUAAUAAAUACAAUGGAGUAUGAGGGCCACAUUAAGAAAGAAAAAAACUUUUUUAAAUCUUUGAGAUUAAAGUUAUUAUUUAGGAGAAUAAAGUCAUUAAUGACUUUAAGAAUAAAGUAGUUAAGUUACCUGUUGUGGAGGAGAGUUGUUAAAAUCAGCACUGAGGAGCAUUUAGAUGAAUUGUACUUUAGUAUAGGUUUCACAGACAUGGAGAUACUUAAUCCUUUGGUAUAUCAGCAUUACACUGUCACGAGUAUCAGAACUUUAAAAAGAAUAUAUGAGAAAUGCUGCUUUUGUGGAGGGGAAAUGGCUGUACAGAGGCUAAAUUCAUCAAUGCAGCUGUUAAUAGCAAUAGCAUAGGGCUUUAGUUUAUCAUAUGAGUUUAUCUGCCAUGAGGUGUUGAGGUCUCUGCAUGUGUAGGUUACUGACUUACUGUAAUCAUCGGGUCUAUCUCGGCCUUAUAAAAACCUGCUCUAUUUCGGCAAGUGUCUGUCUUCUUCUGUAGUCAAACCGCAAGAUAUCAAAAUCUACCCAGAUACAGCAAUGCUGCUUUUUGAUUGGCUGUUCAGUAAAUAUACUUUAUUUGAUUGGCUUGCGCGUGGCACGCAACUUAGGAACUCUCGGAGAAACUCCGUUGAUUUCCCCCUGUUCCAUAGUUAAAGAGGUGCAACUUGGUGGACAUCACCAUGUUCAUUUAAAUGCGUGAGAAAUACAAUGUGUGGCGUGUGAACGAGUGGGAAUGCGUGUGUCUCACGCUGAAUGCGUGAGACUUGAGAGCCCUGCCAUGAGUCAGCAGUGUUGAUAAAGGUCAACAGUGGGUUUCAAGCUCAGGACAGAGACUCUUGAUAGCAGUCUAUGAUUGAUAUUUUAAGUGAUUAUCAAAUACUUUUCAGAUUUUUGAAAAUCCUCUAGUUUGUAUUUUCAUCUGCUGUAUCUAAACAUACUCAUAUUGAGCACACUCAGAAAGUAUGUGAGGGUUACAAAGUCCAAAAACUAAAGUUAAGGCACAGGACUGAAACUGUUUGGUAAAUCAUGCCAAAUCAAGGCCAUCGUCCUGACUGUCAAUUUUAAUGUUUCUCUGACCUAUGAGAUACCUAAAGCACCUGCACUUUGAUAACCCACCCACGCAAGUGUUUUCACAGUUUUAUUGACUGAUUACAUCUCUCUUAGUUGUCAGCGGGUGUGGGUGGAUAUUAAUUGAUCAUCUAUUGUAGAACAUUUGAUGUACAUGAGUAAAUAGUUCAUUUCGGGAUGACCAAAUGUCAUAUUUUUAAUUCAGUAUCAGGAUCUUGGUAUUGAGAAUGCUUUCUGAAAUAAUUUCAUGACUUUCUGAGUCACUAGGUUGCAAAGAGCGAGCGAAAAAUCAGGCUGAUUGAUGGCAUUUGUGCAUAAAUAGCAUCAUAUCUGCACUGGCAGAUGAUGGUGAUUGAUAUCCCCAUCAUCUUUUCCCAAAUGAAGACACAUAAAUGAUGGAUUUAUGAGUGACUUUUCCUUUUUCAACCUUUAAUCCAAAUAUUUACCCUGUGUCUUUUUCCAUCUUAAUGGUUUUAGAUAAUUGGACAGGAAUCCCAGAGUCUCUUGUGGGAACAGGUUUAGUUCGGCAGUUUUGUUUGUCAUUUGUUGGUAUUUUUAAACCGUUUAAAGCACAUGAAACAACAAUAUGCCAACAUCAAGAAUUGACCUGCUCUCACAUUAUUGGUUUCAGCAUCAGCCAUUGAAAAAAUGAUAUAGGUUGGCUACUGGUUACUAUACAGCCAUUAUUAAUGCCAUAAAUAACACCUUAACUUUUUUUUACCACAUGAAGUAAUCAUGUCUCUGCAAAAGUGGAUUUAACUCAGUUUUUCUGCAUUUCUGCACUUUUGCAGCGGUUUCUUUGGGGAUAUGACUGACACACUCUUAUUGAUACCUGUAUUGAUCCACUAUUCUCAGCAGUAACAUUAACCAUGUCAUAAUAAACUUAUCAUUUUUUGCUGCCAGGGAUAACUUGCCACCAUGUUCCUCACCCUCGCUCUACUACGGAAAGGCAUCCCUGGAAAGCAGUGGAUCGGGAAGUACAGGCGUCCACGACAAAUCACAUGGCAGAUGAAACGCAACACACUAAAGCACCUGGAGCGCGAGGCUGAGAACGAAUACUGGAUCAGCCGGCCGUACAUGACCCCUGAGCAAGAGUACUGCCACGCAGCAGAGCGGAGAGCCCAGAACUGGCUCAAGAUCAAGACGGCCAAAUUCGCCAAUUUCCCUGAACACAAGACCAUGACAGACCACCUGAGUCACCUUCGAAUCACCAAGACGUGGUAAUGUGGGCAGAGACCUGCAAAGACUGCCUCAGAGCGAGACAAUGUGACACGUAUUUAUGCUCUUUCAUCAUGUUCUUCAUGUGAAACAACUUUGUGAAAAGCCUCAACUCCACAAUGGACUGCUUAAACUCCACACAACAAAUCUCUGAACUGUUCCCCAUUACUGUCUGAAUUCACACUGCAACAAGAUUAAUACAGCUCCAUAUUUAAUGCAGCUUCUUUGGAUAAAACUGCUUAAAACUUCAUAUUUGUUCUGUGGCCUCUUAUUAUAGUGCUCAUUAAUUAAAUACACUUUCAUGUUGAGAAACUCAAGCUCCCCACUGCUCUGAAAAGCGCUAAUUAUAUGAACUACUAAAGAGUAUUCCUUUAGGGAAAAGGUGGAAUUAUCAAUCUGUCCAGGGAGUUCUGGGCAAAGUUAUGCAACUUUGACUCAUCUUUUCAGGGUUAAUUUCUCUGUUGAACAAAAUUAUGCAAACUGGUAUUAGUUCACUGAUGCAUCAAAAUAAAUUUUUGUUUAUCAAAGUGACCUAACAGUUACUAAGCAUAAUCUAGUCAGAGCAAGAGUAAAAAAGCCUUUAAACCUUUUAAAGUAAAAUAAGGUGUGAAAGAAUACAUUUUCAAGGUCCAUGGAAAUCUUCUUACAACAUAAUGGCCUCCUCUCUCUACCGUAUAUGGGAGCCUUGUGAUUCAGUGAAAGCCUGGGUCAAGUUAUUUAUUUUUUUUCUAGUAAAAGUCUUUUGACACCAUUUUAAAACCUCUUAGUCAGUGUCUAGUUUAUGGAGAGCAUGGGACUCUUGAGACACAGAUACGACACUGUUCGGGAAUUUGACCCUCACAUGUAAGAUACCAGAUGACGUGUUGACUUUUGUUGCCUUUUAUGUAUCCGUUAUCAACACGCCAUUUAUACCUAGAAGGCAGUCAUUAUAACCUUACUCUUACCAUAUAAGGAUGGACUGACGGUGGUAAAGAAGAAGAAGGCGUUGACACAAUUAAACACAAAACAAACAGACUGAGUGACACUCAGCCCAUAACUACAGGGAUUAAGACUGGGGUUAUUUGGUUGUUUAUCACACCCUGUCAAGUAUUUGAAGAAAUGUAUAAUUUGUAAAAACUCUGGUAGAUUUUGCUAUUUUCAAACAUUAAACAUGUAAUAUUUCCUGUUUAAUCUUUGUACAGAGUAAAGUCUACCAGAAUCAGUUUCCUUGUAUGUUUACACAUACUUGGUCAAUAAAACCGAUCCUAAUACAUUUAUCUUGAUGCUUAGCUGCAGCACAUACAGAACUGCUAGUUUCCAUGAUAGACAACAGAUACCUUGAGCCUCCUCCAAUCUAUGAAGUCACCGAUGAGGUGGUCAGUAGCACUGAGUGACUCAUGCACAGUGGAAAUCACAGAGACAUCCUUUGUGACCUUUGGAUCAUCACCAUCCAUUUUGACAUCACUGUCAUUAUCUGGCCUGUCUUCUUCACACUUCCAAAGAAAGCCUGGACCCUCAAGCCAACCAUGAUUUUUCAUAAAGUCUACCACCUUCAUUCCCCUGGAUUCAACAUCAGUUGGAUUGUUUUUGGAGCUGAUAUGUGAUGUCUUUUAAAACUGAUUUAUUGUAUCUCCAAAUUAUAGAUCUGUCUAGCUGAAUUUGUAGCUCUGCCUUCUGAGCACAGUCUCUUCUGAGCCAAAGUUUAUUAAUUCAUCCAUAUAAAAGUGUUGCUUAACAGCUUGAACAGUC